AUGGAUUGGGAUGAGAUCAGGACCCUGGAAACGGAGCUCUCCCGCCAGUGGGAAGCGGAGGAGGUAUUCUGGCAGCAAAAAUCCAGAGUUAAAUGGUUAAAAAAAGGAGAUCAAAAUUCUGCCUACUUCCAUACGGUCACAAGGGCUCGGCGGAAAAGGAAUUUCAUUUCCGGGCUUCGAAAUGAGGAGGGUGAAUGGGUCACUGAGGAAACCGGGAAGGCUUCUAUUGCCACUAAAUUUUACCAGACCUUGUUUACCUCGGAAACUCAGGUUCCUAAUAUGGCUGAGAGGGUGGCGAGUCUCCCGCUUGCCCAUAGUGUUACUCCGCAAAUGAAUGCGCAAUUGACGGCAGAGGUUUUGCCGAGUGAGGUUCGGAGUACGGUCUUUGCCAUGGGAUCGAAACAGGCCCCGGGAUCGGAUGGCUUCACAGGGAAGUUCUUUAAAGCUUUUUGGGAUAUUGUUGGCACUUUGGUGGUUGAAGCAGUAAUCUCCUUCUUUACCUCGAGUCGGAUGCUGCGGAGUUUUAAUCAUACCUGGCUCACUUUGAUCCCUAAAGUGGACUCGGUGGAAACAAUUAGACAAUUGCGUCCGAUUAGUCUCUGCCAGUUUGUUUACAAAGUGAUUACCAAAAUCAUGGCUGAGCGGCUGGCUAGCAUGCUCCCUCAGAUCGUUUCGGAAGGCCAAAAUGGCUUUAUCAGAGACCGACAGAUUAUUGAUAAUAUCCUUAUAGGACAUGAACUAAUGCAUUAUCUGAAAAUAAAAAGGCAAGGGAAGAAGGGGUACAUGGCUCUGAAGGCUGACAUGGAAAAGGCCUAUAAUAGAGUCGAAUGA